AUAUGCUGCUCGUCAAAAUGAGCAACUAGUCGCGAUGGAAAAUCGAAUCAUGGGUAAAAUCUCUGAGGUGCAUCAAUUAAGUGAGGAUAGACUCAAUGCAAUUGAAUUCUCGCAAAAAUGUUCAGCUCAAAAUAAUAUUGUAUGGCUUAGUUUUGCAGAUUCUACUGAAAUUGAGGCUCUCAGAAUCAAAACUAAGUCUGAAUUAAUUCGAGAAACAGUUAAAAUUCUGUCCAGAAUGGACAUUUGGAAUAGCAUGAAUAACAGGACAAUAGUUGAUGCUUUUACUCAAAAAAUAUCAAUUAAAACAGGCAAAGGAUUUGAAAACGAAAUGAUAAUGGGUAUUAAAUUCCUAAACUCGUAUACGGCUCGUGAUGUUAAAAGGUUGGCAGCGCAGUAUUCAAAAAAGCAGUUUGUGUCAAAGAAUUUUGAUGCUAUACGAUACAUUGUCAGAGACAACUGGAGCGCUGAAGUUUGGAAAUUACUUCGUGUUUGUUAUGAACUAACUCGUAUGAAUUUAAUUGAAAGAGCAAUAGUUAGCGAUGCUGGUAUUCAGGUAUUUUACAAAAAGAAAGUAAUCGAUCAAAAUGGUAGUGAAGAAGAUAAGAGCCUUAGAGCUCUAAUAAGAAUUGAAUCUGACCUUGACGAACUGAGAGCUGAUGUCAACGAUGAAGGACUUGAGAUCCCUACAUUCCAACUAUAUAACGGUGACUACUUUAAGAUGAAUUUUGAUGAAAGAGACCGAUAUAGGAUGUCCAUCAAAGCACCUGCUAAUGCUGACAAUGAUGAGCCUCAUUCUUUAAUCGUGGCUCCUGGGUCUAGCUGCUGACAAUCAACCUUAUCCACUCAUCCUAAUCAGCUCAUCGUCACAAACAAAGCUGAAGUCAACAGCAAUCGAAAAUCCAAU